CCCAUCAAAAAACACUGUGUUAAAGUGAUAUUUAAAUUUUAAACCCACUUUCACUUCAAUUUACAACCUACAACUAAUUUUAAAACGCAUACGUUUUCAUUAAACACAUAAACAAGGUUCCCUUUAUAUAUGUUUCGGUCAAAGCAACAACUUAUGUAAGCUUGGACUAAGAACAGAGUAUGAACACAGAAUAAAAUAUGAAGAACUGAAAAACCUAUUACUUGUCUGUGUGUUGUAAAGCCAAUGUGGUGCAGCCGACCCACCUUGGGCUGCUUUGGCUCCGCCCCUGGCUGUAACUAGCCGUGCUUGUGAUCAAUGGGCAAUCAUCGGCGGAUCUAGGGCUGGCCAACCCGGGCCACGGCCCAACCCUUCGCCGGAUCCAGAGCUAGUAUAGAGCUUAUAAAUUUUUCGAUUUAGGUAUUCGGCCCAGUAUUAUUUAAUGGUCGGUCGAGUGUUAUUUGAUAAUAAUUUUGUGUAGUUAGAAAAAUGGUAUAGAUGAACAUAUGCAAAUCAUUACUCUCAAUUUAGUUUAGGAAUUCUAGCCCGAAUGAUUUUCAUUUGAAAAAAAAAACAAUAAAACCUAAAAGUCUAAGAUGUAAAAGAAUGUAUAAAGUUUCAUUGAAAUAAGAAAACCCUCUAAACAAAUUGAUUUGCGAGUUGAUUCGUCUAAUGUUGACCUUGCCCGUUUCAGCGGCUACCAUGGAGAGAACAUUUUAAGCAAUGAAAUAUGUGAAAACUAAUUUUGAGUAAAUACAAUUUAUUAGUUAAACCUUUUAAACUUUCCAAAUUACUAGCCAAACCUUUCGAAAUACAAAAUAUUAGCUAAAUAUUUUGUAACGCAUCAAAAUAUUAGUCAUUUGUCUGUUAUCGUUGGUAAUCUUGUAACUAUUUUUUUAUUUGAAAUACUAAAAUUUAAAAAUAUUGACUAUUUUUGUUUACGGUAUAUAAUAUUAUAUUGAAAUGCGGCCCAGUGCUCUUCUGUGUUCUGAAUCCACCGCUGUGGACAAUGCAGAGUCUACUUGUCAAAGAAACAAAAAAACAUUUCUCAUUUUGCACCCGUUAUCAGAUUGUACCUUUCUCUACAGUUUGAAUUAUUGAUAUCGAAAAGACAAAAAAAGAGGGGGUCUAGAAUUGUAAAAAGAAAAAACUAGAGUAUGAAAAUAGCAAUUGCACUGGCGGGUCCCUAUUCAAAAUUAUAACCGUCAGCAAAGCGGUGGGGGGAAAAUCUGGCGCCAAACCCGCGAACACGACCUAUCAUAUCAUGUGUUGCGUACUGCCACUAAUAAGGCGCGUACUUCAAUAAAACGACAUUAACAGUAUCGCUCGAACCCACACGUCCUUUCCAUUAAAUUAAUUUAAUCAAAUCCAUAUUCGAAAUUACACCUCUCUCUCUACACUAAUUAUUAUUAACAUUAAUUAAUGUAUAUUUUGCGUAUUUUCUUAAUAUUCCUCGUUUUCCUCUCUCCCCGAACUUGGGAUCGAUCAGCCAUUUUUCUAUUCCCGCAUUAUAUUUCGUCGUUUCCCUUUCUAGAAUAGCCGCUCUGCUCCCUUCUCCGACCCUCAUUUUGCUCCGACGACCAUCUCGUUGAACGUCUCCGAUCCAGAAGAAAGCAAAGAAGGUAAUUAUUCUCCUCGACGAACAUGCUAUUUCUGUAGCCGCCCUGCCGCCAGGGGGAGGUUUUUGUUUGGUUGUUUGUUUCUUCCACGUUUUGACCUCUCCAAGUGUUUGUUAUUGAUAAUUUGGCAGUUGACCUUCUUCAACCUUCCGCCCAAACACAGUUUUCUGUUUGUUCGUUCCCAAGGAGGGAAUCUUUGGCACUUCCUUGAGGGGAUUUUAGCUUCGCUACUGACGAAUUUGGUUCUGGGUAUUCGAGAAUUCCCUCUGAUUUUGGAUUGAUCUCUUUGUCUUCAGUAAAGGUCAGUUCUUUUCCCCUAUUUGUUCUGCAAUUCCAAAUUUCUUGGUUCCCCUUCUUCAAAUGUUCUGGUUAAUGGGGUUUUCAUUUUUCGAUUGAUUGAAGUUGGUUCUCCUCAUUGGCAAAGAUUUUGGCGUGUGAUUGUAUAGGGGAAAUUGUGGCAUAGAGGGUACGAUGAAUUAUUCCUUGUUUCUAAUAAUUAGGGUUGCUGUUGAGUGACAAUCAUAUGAGUGGGAUUCUUAUUGCUUUAGAUUAUUACAUUUCUUCUUUCAUUCUUAGUGUUGUUCUGAGAAUUGCUUACUGAAAGAUGCCCCAGAUAUCAUGAUUCUGUUUCUGCAUACUAAUUGAUUGUCUGCAAGCUUUUUUUUGUCACUCACUGAUGCUUGCUUUAUUUGGUAUCUGUUUGGUGGAGUUUCUGUUUUUAAUUGGUUUCUAGAAAGUUGAAACCCUUUUCCGGCUUCAUAAAAAUGGAUACUUUAUUUGAUCUUCUAAGUUGUGUUUUCCUUCCUGGGCUUCUGGACGUUCGAUCCUCUUUUUCAUUCGUAUUUCCGAGUUGGAUCUUUUUCCCCAUUUCUGCUUUCCAGACAACUUAGAGCUUUCUUCAACGCAAUGAAAUACCAGUUGUAGUGUAGAAGGCAUUUGUUUCAUGUUCCUUUCUGGUCCCUAAGUUUCUCUUGAUGUUUCCUUCUGCUAAUUGAUUGUUUUGCAUUCAUCCAUUGAAUGUAAUGUAAUGUUAUUCAAGGAAGUUAGCUGGGCUGCUUCCUGAGUCGAUCCCAACUUGACAAAAGGAACCAGUUAUUGCCUAAUCAGUAAGAUAUUAAGUAGAGACCUUUUGUUUCCACUUUCAGUGUUUGAUUUUGUGCACCCUGAAAUUGUUUUUGUUGUAGACUGCAUUUGUCUGCAGAGCUGAGCAAUUGAUAUACUCUUCUCAUCUGGAAAUUCUCUUCGAUUUGACCAGGUCCAUUCUUACACAAGCAGCGGGUAGAUAGUAUUGCAUCAAAACUUUCCAAGAAUGGAGCCCAGGCAACCUGUUCCUAGUGUUAUUUCAAGGUUGAUGGGUUUGGAUGAAUUUCACCCGCGACAACCAGUUCAAAAGAAAGCAAGAGUGCUUUCUGAGAAAUAUAUGCAGAGAUUUAGUUCUAUAUGUGGCCGAGCGAAACAUCAAAAGCGUUGUUCAAUCGGUUUGGUUUCAGAAGGGUCAAGAGAUAACAGCAGUUCGGGUAGGGUCAGACAAAGUGUGAGCUUUGCUGGGAAGAGGAAAGCUCAUUUGAGUUCAGAGGUGUCAUUAAGGCCCUCUAACUAUGAAAUCUGCAGGAAAGAUUGGAAUGUUUGUGACCAAAGGUAUACUAAUUCCCGCCCUGGCAGGGAUUUUGGUAGAAUGGUUGUACUUAAGCCACAUUUACAGAAUAUGGAGAAUGCUGAAACAAGGUAUAGAUACCUGUACGAUGACACCUUCCUGGAGAAGUCUGAGACAGCACUAUUGUCUCCUACCCAGCAAGUUGAACAGAAUUUGAGCAGAAUGGCUAAAAAAGCGACUGCCUUUCCUGAUCAUGACCCGCAACCAGAAAUUUUUUGUUUCAAUCCUGGUGGUCUUCGCCCAAGCAAAAACAGUCAGUAUGGCUGGAAGGUCAGGAGCAUUGGAUGCUUACAGAGGCCCACACCUCUUCACUGGGAUCUUAGUGCUAUCCGCAGUCAUGUUUCGAGUGCCAGCAAUGACUCUGUUGUUAAAAGUAGCAGCCGUGUGAGUAAUCUUGAGUUUAUAAAUUCUGUUCAUCAAAAGGCAAGGAAGUUAUUGGUCGUUCAGAGAGAUGGUUCACAACAUAGAAUCCCAGUAAAAAGCUAUGAGGAAAAGUCUCUGCCUGUUGAAGCUUCGGAAGUGGUGAACAAUUAUCCAGAACCUAGUUAUAUCCUUCCAAGUGUUGCUGAAAACAAGUUUGACAAGGAUUCACAUAGUCAGAGUUCCUAUGAGAUGGUUACUGAUGGAGAAACCGAGUUUGUAAAUGAAUCCUCCCUAGCACUGGAUGAUCAGCAGUCAUUGGAAAUAGAAAAUGGGAAUCUUUCUCUGAGAGAUCAGGACGAUACUCCUGAUACAAUGGCUACUUCAAUUCAAAAGGAUGUAUCAGCUGUUUCAUUUGAGAAGGAGUACAUCUCGACUUAUUGCUCGUGCACUGACCCAGAAUCACAAGUGAGCUCAGAAGACUCCUACUAUCAGUCCAGUCCUAAUUCAGUAUUGGAGGCUUCAUACAGGAAAGAGAUCUCUUCUUGUUUCGGUUGCUGGGAUGGUGAUGGUGUUUCUUUGCACGGCUUACACAAUCGACUCGAACUUCUGAAGUCAGAGAUAUCAGAUGGAAACUCGGAGGACUUUGACACAAUGGUCUCUAGCGAGGGAGAUCCUCGAGAAGCCGAAUCUGUAGGCGAUUUUGAAGCCAAUGAAGAUGCAAUGAGACUUUUUAAAGCUGAAGAGAGCAGGGAUUUCUCAUACUUGGUUGAUGUGUUAACCGAGGCAGGACUGAUUAACAGAAACCCACUCUUAAUUGGUCCUAACUACUCAUGGCACUCUGAUGAAUGCAAUAUUAUCAGUCCUUCGGUGUUUGACACACUAGAGAAAAAGUAUGGAGAUCAAAUAUCUUGGAAGAGGGACGAUAGAAGAUUACUGUUUGAUCGUAUUAACUGGGGGCUGGUGGAGAUUUUGCAGUCAUCUUUGUGCCAGCACUCAGUGUCGUGGUCGAAACCUGUGGCAAGAAGGUUCAUGCUCAAUUAUGGUGGCCAGGAAGAUAUUGAGGAGGAGGUGUGGAUGUUAUUGGCCAGCCAGGAAAAUGGAAAGGGAAAAAAUUCUGAGAAGGUGAUGGGGGAGGAUGAUAAGUGGUUGGAGUUGGGUGAUCAUGUUCAGGAUAUCAGUAGAGAUAUAGCAAAUUCUUUGUUUGAUGAGUUGGUACAGGAUGCUGUUAGCAGCAUGGGGUGAUACCUUUACAAAUCUCCAGAAAAAUUCGUACUUAGUAAAUACAGAUAGUUGGUAUAGUUAGCAAUAUGGUUUUUGAAGAAAGUAGAAGGUUGAUUGUUGCUUGUUGUUUGUUCCCUGCCAAGUCCACUUGUGCAAUUUUUUCCCCAACAGACCACAGGGAGGGUGAGAGAUAGAUACAUAGUAUUUGUAUUUUGUAGUAAGUUUUGAAAAUGUUGAGAGGAUGUGUUCUUUUUGAGUAAAUCAGUGAGUUCUCAUGUAAGAUAUGGUCAUUUGCUGGAAAAGCUAUUUUUGUAAAACUGCAGCAGUUUUCCUACUGCUUUGAGAGAAUGAUGAAUGCAACCAUUUUUGCUCGAGCUUGCAAAGAAUUGCAGUGUCCUGAAUUUGUUGUUCUCUCGGUUGACUCUUCAGUUCACUGAUUUCCAAUACAAGGAAAAUGUCAAGGUGAUUGUAUCUGCUGGUAAGACCUCAAAUUCUGUCCGGAUAAUAUAAUACCCUUAAGAACAUGAUCUGUUUUGUGAAAGACAUUAACAAUGGCACAUUGGCUGCUGCUGGCAAAGCAGCAUUUGAGACUAUUUGGUUCACAACCUGUAAAACCUGUUGGAAGGCUGGCAAACAAUUUUGUCUAAAACCCUAGUGCUAAAUGACCCUUAAUUCAAAUUUGCUUUCAGGUCACCUAAACCUUUAAUAUGUGACCAAAUAAGCCAAUCCCAACCAUUCCUCUCGGCUCUCAUUGCCUUUCCUUUUAUGCCAACCAAAAAGCGCUCAGAACCAUUAAACCACUCCAUCUCAC